UGCGUGCUGGUGCUGCUGCUGCUCCUGGGCGGCUCGGGCAGCCCCGGGACCGCGCCACCGCCCCGGGCAGAGCAGCGGGGACCCGUCCCGGAGCGGGGGCCGUGGGGCGGGGUGAGGUACGAAGCCGUGAAGAAGCAUCUGGGAGCUGUGGGCGCUCUCUCCAAGCGCUAUUGGCAGUACCUGGCGUGCGGGGUGUGGCAGGAGGGCUGCGAGGAGGAGGAGGAGAAGCCGCAAGAAGAGCGAGAGGCCGGUCCCAUCCCAGGCUGGGGUUUACCUCUGGUGGGCCAGGAUUACCUGGAGAUCCUCUCUGCCUGGUACUGCAGCUUCGGCAAGUGCUGUGAGACAGGAGAUUGCAGGAUAAUCAACAACAUCACAGGGCUGGAGGCAGACCUCCAUGGGCAGCUCCACGGGCAGCACUUGGCCAAGGACGUGGUUGUGCGGGCAGUGCAGGGGUUCCUGCAGAGCCCAUGGCCCCGCAAGGCUCUGGUCCUGUCCUUCCAUGGCUGGUCUGGCACAGGGAAGAACUUUGUGGCUCGGAUGGUGGCCAGUCACCUGUACCGGGACGGGCUGAGGAGUGACUGUGUCAGGGUGUUCGUGUCCCUCCUCCACUUCCCACACCACAACUACGUGGACUCCUACAAGGCCCAGCUGCAGAGGCAGAUCAGCGAGACCCUGCAGCGCUGCAGGCAGGCCCUGCUCAUCUUCGACGAGGCUGAGAAGCUGCACUCCAACCUCCUGGAUGCCAUCAAGCCCUUCAUGGCUCAACACGGCAGCGAGGGCCAGGCGGAUCAGCAGAGGUCUAUCUUCCUCUUCCUCAGCAAUCUUGGUGGCAACACCAUCAAUGAGGUGGCCCUGGACUUCUGGCGAGCCGGCCGGGCACGGGAGGAGAUCUCCUUGGAGCUCCUGGAGCAGCGGCUGCGGCUGGAGCUGCAGGAGGCUGCAGAGAACAGUUAUGCCCACAGCCAGCUCCUCAGAGAGAACCUGAUUGAUUUCGUGGUGCCGUUCCUGCCUCUGGAGUAUCACCACGUGAAGCUCUGUGCACGGGACGCCUUCCUGGCCCGUGGGCUUCCCUACACCGAGGCGACGCUUGACCAGGUGGCCCAGAUGAUGGUGUUUGUCCCCAAAGAGGAGAAGCUUUUCUCUGCACAGGGCUGCAAAUCUGUGCCCCAGCGUAUCAAUUAUUUCCUUCCUUGAACACCAGGGGGACCAGACGUGUGCUGAAGGUGGUUCUGCACUCCAGGAGCUGCUCUCUUGGCACAGGGUCAGAGGCAAGUGACCCAGCCAGGCACAGGGACUAACCAGGGACUUAAACCCCCGUUACUCCCAGAGCUGUUGCAGCGAAGGAGCUGUUGCAUCCUUUACUCCACAGGCUGCUUUUGGAGCCUGUCCGGUGUUCUGAGUCCCUUCUUUUAGCUGGAGGGGUGAUGUGGUUCCCUGACAGUGAGUGGGGACUGGGAAUGUCCAAGUCCUUGGUUUGUUGCUGUGUGGUGAAGGGAGGCCUUGGACAGGCUGGUCCUGUUGGGACAGUGUGUCUGAAGCCAUGGCCCCAUCCCCAGUUUUCUGUGUCAUUUUACAAGAUCACCCAAACUCUUUCGCUGGAGUUUUUUCCCCCUCUGUUGCUCUCACACCUUUCUAAGGUGUCUGCUGCUCAGGGACCCAUGGGCCAGGAUCAUAGUCUGUGCAGGGAGAAAAGGACUGAAUAAUCUCCUCUGGAGAUGCCAAAUCCAUAGCUCUAACCUUGGAGUGUCCACCUCUUCCGUUGUAUGGAAGCAGCUGCCGGGGUGAGGGGAACUUGUGCUGCAAUUAUUUUACUAAGCACGUUGGUGAAGAGCCUGUUUCCUUCACUGCAAAACCAAGAAGGGAAGAAACCUCCUCUGCCCAAGGGCAAAGGGCAUGUGAGGAGGAUGGUGGCUGAAGAAUCAGGCUGCAGCUGAACGUGAGUUUUCAUGGAUGCAGUAAAAGCUUGGGUUUUUUCCUUUUUUAGUUUUUCUCUUCAGUACAUUUGAUGCUGUCGCUUUUUGGCUGGUAUCAGCAUUAUUAAUAUUAUUAUUAUUUUAAUUAUUAUUAUUAUCACAAGGGGCUGUUUGCUGUCUGGGUACUCUCCAGGUGAUAAGUGUGUUGCAGCAGCUCCAAAAAAUUUCAUCAGUGUUACGGGAAUCACUCUGUGACCUCUGGGUCAAAACUUCCUUCCAACGGGGCUGUGCUGGCGAGGAGUGAAACAUCUCCUGCCAAGGACAGGGCUGGGUUUCCCAGCCACCCCCACGAGAGGACCUUUGCUCUAUUUUAAGCCCUGACCGAUUUUGCGGUGCCAGUGCUGAGCAGGGUGACCUCUGGGGAAGAUUGACCAGACAGACGUGUCCAGGCCCUGCAGACUUUGCUUCCCUCCGGGCACGCUGGCUCCGUUAUCUCGGGAAGCUUCACAGUCCAAGGCAGAGACGAGCCAGCUGCUCUCCCACUGCUCAGCCAGCGCAGGUGGCUUACCCCUGCUGUGUGGAAUGGACCCUGGGGCUGUGCCAGCGUGGGUGAUCAGGCAUUUCUGAGUUUAUGGUUAAGCUCAGGUGUCAGAAACCUGGGAACCAUCAGGGCAAUGCCUCCAGCUGGGGCAGGGAGGCUGCUGGAGGUGUGUGUGGUCACUGGGCAGAAAGUUCAGCAAGCUCUGUGCUGAUGAGUAGCCAAAAGGAUGUGUGCAAGCCAGGAUAGCCCGGGAUUUUUUCUAAAUGUCAACAAGUGUUCAGCUGGGUUAGGCUGCCACAGGCCGGGCUGGCGGGAGGUUGGUGGUGGGCACGGGAGCAGCUCUGGCUGUGGCUGCUGAGGGAGGUGGUGGAGACAUUGAGGGGAA